GUUGGGUGAAGUAUCUUUUUAAUUAAUCUACCUCAUAUCAGUGUGUGUAAUAAUCAAUGACAAAGCAUGAACAAAGUAGUAGUUCAUAAAUUAAUGACAAAUCCAAUGCUAAUUAUAGCCUAGGCUAUCACAUGUCAAAUUCAAACCACUCUUGCAAGUUGUAACAAAUGUAACUCAUUCAAUUACGGUGUUUCCUCCCAACCUCCCAUUCUAAUAGUAUGGAAGAAACAAAACACCAAAAUUGGAAUUCAUAACAAAAAAAACAAAAAAUAAGUUUUUGUUUCUUUUCCUUCUAGGUAACCAACCUGGUUUGGUUCUUCCAACCCAGGUAGUUCUUUUGUUUGCUUGAUCCUCCAUGCUGUGUUAAAAUGGAUUAAAACAACAACCCUUCCAUCAAAAGACAAAACAAAAACAAAAAAACAAAUCAAGAAGCUUUUUUGGGGUACAGGAAAAUCUUUCUUGUCUCACAAAUUAUAGCAAUUUGUGACCAAGCUCUUUUCCUGUAUGCCCCAACAUGUAUAGUUUCUCUUCAAACGUGCAUAAUAUGCACACAAGUAUAUUGUUUUUUGUAGUUGGUAUCUCUAUUUUGUUGCAUGGCAUUCAAGGUGCAUGGACAGAGGAGCCAGGUUCAUUGAUAUUGGGUUGUGGGUUGGAUGAAAAGGGAGCCAAAGAUGAUGAUGGAAGACAAUGGAGUCCUGAUAAUAAGUUCUUGGCAGCAGAAGCUGGUUCAAUCACGUCUAAAGCCGCAUACCAAGACCCUUCGCUGUCCGCUGUGGUUCCAUACAUGUCAGCUAGAGUUUUCACAUCAGAAACAACAUACAAAUUUAAUGUUAAACCUGAUAAACGUUAUUGGCUCAGGCUCCAUUUUUAUCCAUCCCUUUAUGGAAGUUACAACCCAUUAGAUUCAUAUUUCUCGGUGGCAGCAAAUGGGGUUACCCUCCUCAGCAAUUUCAGCGCUUACAUCACUUGUGAGGCCCUAUCACAGGCUUACAUUGAUAGAGAGUAUUCCCUUGCUCCUUUGAAUUCAGAUACUUUGACUCUUACAUUUAAACCUUCUGACAAACAACAUGGAGCUUUUGCUUUCGUCAAUGGCAUUCAGUUGAUCCCAAUGCCCGAGUUGUUUGACUCUGCUGCAUUGGUCGGGUAUCCCGACCAAAACGUAGACGUCAAAACCAUGAGUUUGCAAACCAUGUUUAGACUAAACGUUGGUGGGCAGUAUGUGUCUCCAGCCCAAGAUUCUGGCCUUUCGAGGAUGUGGUAUGAUGACACACCUUACUUAUAUGGUGCAUCCACCGGUGUCACCAACCAAGCUUCCAAGAAUGUCCGAAUCACCUACCCAAACAUGCCACAAUACAUUGCUCCUGAAACUGUCUACUCCACAUCAAGAUCAAUGGGAGGUGAUAAGAACGUUAACAUGGGAUACAACCUCACGUGGGUUUUCGAAGUUGAUCCAAAUUCUAUGUACCUCGCGAGGUUGCAUUUUUGUGAUUAUUAUUAUUCCAAGGUCAAUGAGAUUGUUUUCAAUAUCUUUGUCAACAAUCAAACUGCACAGGCUCAAGCUGAUGUUAUUGCGUGGACAGGAGGUAAAGGCAUGGCAACUUACAAGGAUUUUGUGGUGUAUGUCCAAGACGGUGAGGGGGCCGAGCAACUUUGGCUUGCACUGCAUCCAGCACCUGAGACAAUGCCAGAGUACUAUGAUGCCAUACUCAAUGGGGUAGAGAUAUUCAAGCUUAAUGACACGGACUUGUCUGGCCCUAAUCCUCAGCCUUCAGACAUGCUUCUCGAAGAUCAAGCAAAGGAAACGGGUUUCCAAACACACAGAUCAUAUGAUAAGAAAGCUGUCAUUGGGGGAGCUGCUGGAGGUGCUGCAGGUGUUGCCUUUAUGGCAGCAAUAUGCGUUGCUGUUUACCACAAGAAGAAAAGAGUUCCAGCGGCAGGGUCAGGGGGAGCCACACACACAAGUUGGCUUCCCAUCUAUGGAAAUUCACACACAAAUGGCAGUAAAUCCACGUCCGGGAAGAGCAUGGCCAGCGCAAACCUCGCUGCCAUGGCUCAAGGUUUGUGUCGCUAUUUUUCCUUGCAAGAGAUAAAGCAAGCAACCAAAAAUUUUGAUGAGUCCAACGUUAUUGGGGUUGGUGGAUUUGGAAAGGUUUACAAGGGUGAAAUUGAUAACGGAGUGCUAGUGGCAAUUAAGAGGUCAAAUCCACAAUCAGAACAAGGAGUCAAUGAGUUCCAGACUGAGAUAGAGAUGCUUUCUAAGUUGAGACACAAGCAUUUGGUGUCCUUGAUUGGAUUUUGUGAGGAAGAUGAUGAGAUGUGCUUGGUUUAUGACUACAUGGCUCUUGGAACCUUUAGGGAACAUUUGUAUAAGGGCACCAAGCCUUUAAACAUUUUAACGUGGAAGCAAAGAUUAGAGAUCUGCAUUGGUGCUGCAAGAGGACUUCACUACCUUCACACAGGUGCCAAGUACACCAUUAUUCAUAGAGAUGUCAAAACAACAAAUAUUCUAUUGGAUGAAAACUGGAAUGCCAAGGUAUCAGAUUUUGGGUUGUCAAAAACUGGUCCAGACUUGAAUGCUGCUGGCCAUGUUAGUACUGUGGUGAAGGGUAGUUUUGGCUACUUGGAUCCCGAGUACUUUAGGAGGCAACAGUUGACUGAAAAGUCUGAUGUCUACUCAUUUGGGGUCGUCCUCUUUGAAGCCCUUUGUGCCAGGCCUGUUCUGAAUCCUAGUCUUCCAAAAGAACAAGUUAGUCUUGCGGAAUGGGCACUGCUCUGCAACCAAAAAGGAACGCUAGAGGAUAUUAUUGACCCCAAUCUCAAGGGAACAAUAAAUCCAGAAAGUUUGAAGAAGUUUGUGGACACGGCUGAAAAGUGUUUGUCUGAUCAUGGAACUGAUCGUCCCUCCAUGAAUGAUCUGUUGUGGAAUCUAGAAUUUGCUCUCAACCUGCAAGAAAACAAGGAUGGUUCAACUAACUCUGCAUCUCGAACUGAUGAAAAUGAGUUUGAAGAAAUAAACUUAGGAGACAACGAAAUGGCAAAACAUUAUAAGAACCUGAGCCUUGGAAGUCAGCAUGACCUUAGCCAAGAUUCUGAAUCCAGUGAGAGUCCGACUAAAAUUUUCACAGAACUUGUUAGUUCAAAAGGGCGAUGAAUAGAAAUUCUCUUGAUUCUUGUUUUACUAUAGGUUUUGAUGGAAGGCAUGGAUUUCAAGCAAAUAAAACCUACCUAUUAGCAUUGUUUCGAAGUACAUAAUGCUUCUAUUGCUUGUACUUUGUUGACUUUCUAUUAAAUAUUAUUUACUCUGUCAAGUUUAGUGUAUACAAAAUCUGAAUAUCGUCCAUGCCAUGUAUCUACAUUCUACAGUUUUGUAUACAAAGCAUUCAGGUUGCUUGUUGCUUGACAAAAAUUAUAUAUACCAUUACUUUAUCCGUGUAUUAGUUUGCUUGGAUAUGUUCAAGUUUAUUUAUAUUAUGUACAAAAAAUGCUGUCUAAAACUGGAAAGAAUUUCACCAUGGAAAUGUGAGGAAUAAGAAGCUUGGUUUCUGAUUUUGAAGACAAAACCUACACUCUACAGUUUCUAACGAUUCAAAUUUUGUUUCUCAAACCUGAAAUUUUAAAAGGACAACAGCUUUUAAUGGAUGAAAAAGAGAACUACUAAUUUCUUAAAAUUUCAUUCCCAAAUUCCCA